GCAAACUGGAGCUCCCGGAGAAAACCCACGCAGGUCACAGGGAGAACGUACAGACAGCACCCAUAGUCGGGAUCGAACCCUGGUCUCCGGCAGCAUCUCUGCUGCUGCGCCAGCGUGCCGCCAGAGUUAUUCCAGCGCUUUGUGUCUUUCUUCACUGUAUUUUCUUCUCUUGGUUUUGUAUUUCUGUUCAAGGUGAAAAAGUAAUGUGACUUUGAUCAAGGUAUAUGAUAUUGUGGUGAUGUUGUAUGUGAAUCUGCAAAUGAGACAUGCCUGCUUUAAACGUGGGGAGGUCAUUCACUCACUAGGAUGAUGACGGUGCUUCAUUCCCAUAAAUCCACCAGCCUGAUGCAGUAAAUGCUGCAGUACUGUACAUUAGCCUGCAUGCAGCAGGCACCUCUCUGAAAAAUGGAUACUCUUCUCGUUGUCUGUGGUUGCAUUUGGCUUCUGCUCAGGUUUCUUAGCUUCCUGGUUGAGAAGAUGCAAACCAAAGAAAUCCUGAGGAGUCUAUGGCUGUUGGAAUUGGACGAAUUUGGACAUUUCUUUCACACUCUCCCUCCUCCAACGCUGGUGGGAAUUGCUUCAUUUGUGGCUAUUACAGCGUAUUGGCUAGCUACCAGACCCAAAACACUAAAACCUCCCUGCGAUCUUUCACAACAGUCGGUGGAAAUUGAGGGUUCUGAGCAAGCUCGCAGGUCUGUAUUGGGUGACAGCUCCAAGCUAAUGACCCAUUAUCAUGAUGAUGCAAGGACCAUGUAUGAAGUGUACCAGCGUGGAUUACACAUUUCAGGUGAUGGUCCUUGUUUAGGAUUUCGAAAACCGAAAUGCCCCUAUCAAUGGCUUUCUUAUAAUGAGGUUGCCAACAGAGCUAUGGAUUUGGGAUCAGGGCUGCUCCAGAAAAAUUGCAGGCCAUCACCCGACCAGUUCAUAGGAGUCUUUGCACAAAACAGGCCUGAGUGGAUUAUUACCGAGCUGGCAUGUUAUACCUACUCCAUGGUGAUAGUGCCUCUUUAUGACACACUUGGAGCUGAAGCCAUUCGCUACAUUAUUAACACAGCUGAGAUAUCAACAGUUAUCUGUGACAAAGUGGGAAAGGCAAAAAUUCUUUUGAAGAAUGUGGAGAAAAAGGAGACACCAGGCUUGAAGAUAGUUAUCCUAAUGGACCCAUUUGAGUUGGACUUGGUUGAGAUGGGAGCUAACUGCGGUGUGGAGAUAUUAGCUCUUCAGGAGGUAGAGAAUCUUGGAAAAAUUAACAAACAAACUCCUGUGCCUCCCCGACCUGAAGAUCUAUCGAUUGUCUGUUUCACAAGCGGAACAACGGGAAAUCCUAAAGGUGCCAUGCUCACACAUGGGAAUGUGGUGGCUGAUUUUUCAGGGUUUUUGAAAGUUACAGAGAAAGUGAUCUUUCCAAGACAGGAUGAUGUCCUUGUUUCCUUCUUGCCUCUGGCUCAUAUGUUUGAGAGACUUAUCCAGUCUGUCGUUAUAUGCCAUGGAGGCAGGAUUGGGUUCUUCCAAGGUGACAUUAGACUCCUGUCUGAUGAUAUGAAGGCUCUACAUCCAACAAUAUUUCCAGUAGUUCCAAGACUGUUAAAUAGAAUGUACGAUAAGGUAUUUAGUCAAGCGGGUACACCAGUAAAACGCUGGCUACUGGAAUUUGCUGCUCGAAGAAAAGCAACUGAGGUACGAAAUGGUAUCAUAAGGAAUGACAGCAUCUGGGAUAAAAUCUUCUUCAAGAAAAUACAGGAGAGUCUGGGGGGGAAGGUGAGAAUGAUUGUGACCGGUGCUGCUCCUGCCUCUCCCGCUGUGCUUGGUUUCCUAAGAGCAGCUCUGGGUUGCCAGGUAUACGAAGGUUAUGGACAGACUGAGUGCACAGCUGGAUGUACAUUCACCACACCUGGAGACUGGACAUCAGGACAUGUUGGGGCUCCUUUACCAUGUAAUUUUCUCAAACUUAUUGAUGUAGAAGAAAUGAAAUAUUUCUCUGCCAAAGGAGAAGGAGAGAUAUGUGUGAAAGGACCAAAUGUCUUCAAAGGCUACCUCAAAGACACAGAGAAAACUGCUGAAGCCUUGGACAAAGACAGAUGGCUACAUACUGGGGACAUUGGCAAAUGGUUAAAGAAUGGCACUUUAAAAAUCAUAGACCGAAAGAAACACAUAUUCAAACUUGCUCAAGGAGAAUACAUUGCGCCUGAAAAAAUUGAGAAUAUUUAUGUACGGAGUGAACCUGUGGCCCAAGUGUAUGUCCAUGGAGAUAGUUUGCAGUCCUUCUUGGUAGGUAUUGUCGUACCAGAUCCAGAAGCCACAGAAGCCUGGGCAGGGAAAAGGGGAUUUAAUGGAUCAUAUCGAGAGCUGUGUAAAUCCAAGGAUUUAAAAAAAGCUAUCAUGGAAGACAUGGUAAAACUGGGGCAACAGGCUGGCCUUUAUUCAUUUGAACAGGUAAAAAACGUCUGUCUCCACUGUGAAAUGUUCUCUGUUCAAAAUGGCCUGCUGACCCCAACAUUAAAGGCCAAAAGACUGGAGAUGAGAAAUUACUUCCGCAAACAAAUCGAAGAGCUUUACGCUAACACAUCUAUAUGAAAAUAAUUGGUGGAUAUCUUGUGGUGGGGGGUUAAAAAUAAAAUCCUAUUUGCCAGCUGCUUAUCUUGUGUGAAGAACACAUUACAUAUGUAUGAAAUAUAUUCUUUCAUUAUAUUCAGAAACCUAUUAAUUUUCUUCAGUCAACUGGAAGGUAUCUCUUGCUUAAUUACAAGAUCUUCUAUGUAAACUAAAGAUUUGACUUUUUUAAAGCUGCACUAUAAUAUAAACAAAUUUUGUAUGUUCUUCCACAAUUAAAUUUACUUUGUUUAUGAGGAUGUGAUUAAUAGCUUAAAAUUCUAAUGUACAUAUUUUGUAAAAAUGAGAAAUAAAAAGUUACUAGGUUAAGGGUUAAGCUACUAAAAGUCAUCCUUUAACAUUUGUAAAUCAAAACAUAUAUGAAUUGGUCUAUUCUCCAAACAUUUACAGUCUGCUGUAUGAAUUCAUCAAUACAUGAAGUAUAUAGUCCCCCCCCUUGUGUUACACAUGACCGCACAUCAGAACCACAACUGCAUUUUUGUAUUGAACCAAAAUUAAAUAUAAUUUAUCAUUUUCAUUGAAUUGUGGAUCAUAAAUAUUCAUGACAUUGCAGUGUAGAAAAUAAUCUGAAAAUGAAAGUUCAUAAUUAAGGAAUCAACGCAGUGCAAGGAGAUCAUAUUAUUCGACUUGAGAAGUGAAAUGAGAACUUGCUAUCUAUUACUAGUACCUGGUUCCAAUGUUUACUUGUCUUUCCUGCUUUCCUGGUCUAUGACACAUUCUGGGUGAACACUGCAAUCUCUGCUGAAGCUUUUAAUGUAAGGUUGAAUUUAGAAUUGAGCUUGGUUCAGAUACUCAAUCUUCAUGAGGUAGUCUUAAGUAAGCAGAAGACAAAACAUUCUUGUGAUUCUAUAGUACCUUCUGUGCAUCAACCAUCUCAAGGUGCUUUAUCAAUAAGUGCUGUACAAUCCUGAACGGUUUGCAUUUCAUUUGCAUGGGCACAUGCAAAGGCCAAGUGGAUAAAUGAUAAGUUGAUGUGAUACAAGGUGUUUAUUUUUGCAUAUGUGAUGACAUGAAUCUCGAGAACCUCUUGGCCCAUUUUCAAAAUUGUCUCGAGUGUAUGCACUGAUCUAAAUUUAGAAGAAAAGUGAAUCAAUUUAAUGUCUCAAAGGAUUGCAUUUCUAUCUGUACAAUAUACUUUCAACCUCAAAAUAUGGGCCUUGAUAUUCAGCUCAAAACAUGGAAUAAUAAUUGAAUGGAUAAUCUCAUAUCUGAACACAUGUCAUUGAGGUUCAAUACCAUGCCUCAAUGAUGAGUAAUCAUACUUAAUUGUCUUCACCAUACAGAAGAUAAUUCCAGUAAGCUGCUGAGCUCACUGUGAAACUACAGCUGACUUUUGCCAACAAUUCUUUAUGAUUAACCAAUUCAUGUUAUUUUUUUUUUUUUUAAAAAGGCAAAAUGCAAGAGUAACUCAGUGGGGUCUUGACCAAUGAAAUUGAUGACAGGAGCUAUGCAAGGUCUGUGAUCUACAACAAUAUCACACAUUACAUCAGAACAAUUUGAUGUUGAUAUUACAAGCAUUAUAGAGAUUUAUAUUUGAUGUUGAUAUUACAAGCGAUACAAGAUUUUUGUAUCUGAUUAUAACACAAUGUUCCCAUGAAUUUGAGUUAUGAGUUCAAAACUAUUUCCAUUGGUUACCUACAUCACUGAAAGAGAUGCCAGAAAAAUUGGUAUAUCCCCAAACAAUGGAGAAUCGUUUGAAGAGUUGAUAUAAAACUGUACCAGCAGUUCAACCACAUGAAUGCCAAUUAAAACAAAACUGCCAGAGCUCUGAAAAUGCUUUUGAUGUAAAUACAGAUCAGAAAUAGAAGAUAAUGAAAUAGAAUAUAAUGGAUAAAACUCAUCUGCAAAAAAUUAACAAUCUCUGCCAUGUUUACAGAAGCAAUAACAAUCAUAGGUGGCACAAU